UCCCUGCUGGACGGCGGCCUCCGCAACUGGCUGCGCCAGGGCCUCCCGCUGAGCUCGGGCAAGAGCCGCCCCGCGUCCUCCGAGUUCCGGGCCACACUGGACCCCACCUUUGUCAAGACCUACGAGGACAUCAAGGAGAACCUGGAGUCCCGGCGCUUCCAGGUGGUGGACGCCCGAGCCGCCGGCCGCUUCCAGGGCACUGAGCCGGAGCCCAGAGAAGGCAUCGAACCUGGCCACAUCCCCGGCACCGUGAAUAUCCCCUUCACGGACUUCAUGACCAAGGAGGGCCUGGAGAAGACGCCCGAGGAGAUCCGCCGCAUGUUCCAGGACAAGAAGGUGGACCUGUCCCAGCCUCUGGUGGCCACGUGUGGCUCCGGCGUCACAGCCUGCCAUGUGGCACUGGGGGCCUACCUCUGCGGCAAGCCCGACGUGGCCAUCUACGACGGCUCCUGGGUGGAGUGGUACAUGCGGGCCCAGCCCGAGGAAGUCAUCUCCGAGGGCCGGGGGAAGACCCGCUGAGACGGGCGGGACGUGACACAGGAAGCUCCGGUGAUGCCGGCCACCAGCUGUGCCCAGCCUGGUUGUUCUCAAGCUGUUUUCACCAGAAGAGCAUGUCUUCCUCCAACUCAGGCGGCACAGGGGGUGACAUCCCAGAGGCCAGGAGUUCUUUUGACUGUGGGCUCCCAGGAGAGAAGGUGGAGGAGGUGGUGGUGGGCACGGGGGAAGGGGAGCCACCCACACGGUGCUGAGCUGGGCCCCACCUCCCUUCUGUUUCACUUUUUAGGAAAUAAAACAGCCGAGUGCUAAGUGCUU